AUGGGCGGCGGGAGCGGGGGCGACGCCUCCAGCCAGGUCUGCGGCGCCUACUUCAGCCUCAACCAAACGUUCGUGGAGAGUUUCGAGUGUCCCCGCGGCGGGGACGGGGCCACUCUGCUCUACUGCUGCGGCUUCGCCGACCUCAAGUACUGCUGCGGGGAGCCCGGAAACUAUUUUCCCUACACCUUCCGAUACAUGUGGAGCCUCAGCAUUGGUGCCCUGAUUGGAUUGGGAAUUGCUGCUCUGGUAUUACUAGCCUUUGUCAUCAGUGUCUGUGUCCUUUGCUAUUUAUUUUUGUAUACAAAACCUCAGCAGUUGGAUACGGGUCUGAAACUCCAACAUCUAGAGACUGCUGCAAGAGAAGGCUAUUCAAACAGAAAAAACAAAGCAGGAAAUUCAAAUGCCGUGUCCAACUCAACAAUCGAAACAUCAUGUGAAGCUGAUGAAAUUAUUCAAGAAAAACUGAUGGAUAUUACACCAACCAAUAUUUCCACUUAAUGAAACUUGCUACAUGAAAAAUCUUGCUGAAGGGAUUGCAAUGAAACUGCAGCGUGUACUUUAUGUAUAAUAGGUAAUUCAUGCCCCCAGCUAUUUCCUUUUCAUCAGCUCCUCUAGAAACCGAAAGAAAUGACGCUGAGAUAAAUUGAAUUUUUCAAAAAACAUUAUUUAGGCAUUCUUCCCUUUUCAGUUAUUUAAUUGGAUAAUAUUAAUCACAUUUAAGGCACUGUUUCACAAAUAUGGGUUCCACUAAUAAAAUACAUUGGUAGAUUCCAAAAUUUACCGGUAACAUAAAAAUGGUGAGGUUAUCUGCAUGAGGGCAUAGAAAGGUCUAUGUCUUAUGUUGAUCUUUUCUCCCCAAAUGCUUCAGAAUUCCAUUUUUGAAGUCUUAGAAUCAGCUUUUUCAUAAGGAACGGCCUUUCAAUCAAUGAAUCGUAUUUACUGAGCGCUUACUGAGUGCAGAGCACUGUACUGAGCACUUGGGAAGUACAAGUUGGCAACAAGUUGGCCCUUAAGUUUAUCAGUUGCACUGCUCGAUCAACUGGAUU